ACCUGCUGCUCAAGCCUGCGUCUCUUCCACACUCCUUCCAUCUCCCUCGCUCUCUCCCCCUCUGUUUUUUUUUUUUUUUAAUUCUCUUUCUCUUUCUUUCUUCUUUUUGUAUAAAUCACACAUUUCGUCUUCUUCAUCUUCUUUUUCUUCUCACCUCUAACCCUUGACCUACUUUUCUAUUUUACGUUCCUGUUAUAUUUCUCUGUUUUUGUGAAUGGUAUUGUAGAGUUUCAGAGUCUUCAGCCUCUGAAAGAAGCUGUACAGUGAAGCUAAUUUCAGGUAUUUCCUGUUUCAUUUCUUCUAGGAAACUCUGAAUCUGCACCUUUCUGCAAUUGAUUUGCCAGCUACGUUCUUAGAUCUGCAGCUUUGUUCUUAUCCUCGGUCUUGUUGAUAGCCGAAAUCAAGGAAGAAUAUGAACCCUUGCGUGAUCCAGCAGCAAAAAGUCGUCGCAUCCUGUGAAGAAAUGAGCAGCAGACACCCUGUGGUUUGUCCCAAACCGCGCCGCCUUGGCCUCUUAAACGUCGUAGUGAACGACCACCCUGCCAGGCCCUUCCGGUGGCAUCUCAGUUGCCAGGCAGAUAUAGUUGAUUCAAAAUCUGUGAGUGAUCCAUUGGACCUCAUCCUGACCAAGGGUGGUUGUGGUAUAGAACAACCGUGUGCACAGGUAGCUUCGUCGCCCCCCUUUUUUUGCGGGUCACCGCCGAGCAGAGUAGCUAACCCAUUGAUCCAAGAUGCUCGAUUCGGGGAUGAGAAGAUCUCCCCGCUCUCACCAUCAUCCAGGGUUCCUACCCCAUCUGGGCUCUCAUCGCCUCCCUCAUCUUCCACAAGGAAAGGAGGCUGUGUUCGCUCCAACUUCGGAAGCAAUCCUGCUGUGAGAAUCGAGGGGUUCGAUUGCCUCGACAGGGAUCGGCGGAAUUGCAGCAUCCCUGCUCUGGCCUAGAUUGAAUCCAAUCCACAUAUUGAGAAUAAAUAUCAAUGUAGAACAAGAGAAAGCUUUAGCAGUAGUCACUACUAGUAACCACACAAAAACUUCGUUAACCGGGAGAGGAAUUUUGGAAGCGCAGAAGAGUGAAAGGAAAACUAUCUUUUGCCUAUUGUAAAUAUGUUUAGAAAGAAGUGUCUGUAAAUGUCAUGGAUGUUGUGUCUUGUAGGUAUUAUUAUCCUUUGUAAGGCCACGUAGUCUGGUCAAGGAAGAAGGUCGAGAGGGGAUUAACCCUCUUAGUCUGGGUCUAGUGACAUCUAGUAAUGUGUACGGCGUACUAUCUUCUUCAUUGUAAUUACACGUCUUUGAGGAUAGGAGCUGAUAGACUUUUCAUUUUGAUCUGUUUUCUCUGGGUCACUUGAAAUGUAGUUAAGCGCCUCAGGAAGGAAAAAAUCUGUGCAAAAGAUGGUUUAUUUGAGUCCUUCAAGUUACUUGGUCUGUCUUUUGCAAUGUGAACGUAAAGUUUGUGUGAAGAAGAGAUCUUAUUCUGUUGGCA